GCGAGCCGCCGGCCCGGCCGCCAUGGCCGCCGCCGCGCUGGCCCGGCUGAGGGGGCCGCUGGCCGCGGCCUUCAGCAGCGCGGCGGCGGCGGGAAGCGGGCGGCCGCCCCCGCCCGGGAAGCUGACGGUGCGGCGGCAGGCGGAGGGCGUCCGAAAUAUUAUCUUGAACAACCCGAGGAAAAGAAACGCCCUGUCCCUCUCCAUGCUGCAGUCCCUCAGGGAGGACCUGCUGCACGACGUCAAAGGCAAAGACCUCCGAGUUAUCAUCAUUUCAGCUGAAGGACCUGUAUUUUGUUCUGGCCAUGAUUUAAAGGAACUGUCAAGCGAAGAUGAUGUGAAGCAUCAUUCCCAAGUAUUUGAAAUAUGUGCAGAGGUUAUGACUUUAAUCCAGAAGCUUCCAGUACCAGUGAUUGCCAAAGUAAAUGGCUUGGCUACAGCAGCAGGCUGUCAGCUUGUGGCAAGCUGUGACAUCGCAGUGGCAAGUGAGAAAUCUCAAUUUGCUACUCCUGGUGUAAACAUUGGACUGUUUUGCUCUACACCAGCUGUGGCCUUGGGCAGAUCUCUUCCAAGAAAGGUGGCAUUAGAGAUGCUUUUCACGGGUGAACCUCUUUCUGCCCAAGAAGCAUUAAUGCAUGGGCUUGUCAGCAAGGUGGUACCAGAAGACAAGCUGGAAGAGGAGACCAUGAAAAUCUCUCAAAAGAUAUGCGAAAGCAGCAAAUCCGUCCUGGCAUUGGGGAAAGCCACCUUUUACAGACAGAUGACACAGGACCUUGAUACUGCCUACAGAAUGACUACCCAGGUCAUGGUAGACAAUUUGACUUUGAGAGAUGGGCAGGAAGGUAUUGAAGCCUUUAUUCAGAAACGUAAACCUGUCUGGUCACACUCUCAGGAUGAGAAGAAAUGAGUCUUGUUUCCUUAGCUGUGCUUUAUGAUUAUUCACGCAGUUGCCUUCAGGAACUAUAUUUUUGUUCUUACUGCAAGUUAAAUUUCUCUUCUUACAAAUGCCAAAGACACAAUAAAUUUAUUCUAAGUAUAAAAUAAAUAUUAAGAAAAAAUCAAAUGGAAUGGGUUUUUUUCAGCAAUUAAUUUAAUCUAUGGGUUUAGAAGGAACUCUGUGCUGCAAAAAUCAGUUUAAUAUGUCCCAGGUUACUUAGGGAAUUGCAGGGGCUGGGAGAGAGCUCAGAUCACCCUAUUCAGUACCUGUCCCCAUAGUUCUGGAUGAGAAUUUCCAUUUAUUGUUAUUAAUAAAUAAUUAAAGGGCUUGGAGACAUUCCAGAGAUUAUAGUAGUAGAUAUUGUAAUGGAUUCCAGUACUGUUUAUAUGUUACAGACAAAAGCCUGUAACAGUAGUCCAUUGCUCCUUAUGAAUAUAGCUGCUUAUGAAGUGUAUGUAUUAUUAGUUUGUCUCCCUCAGCAAAUCCUGGUUUUCCACCACCAGUUCAAGCACUUGUCCCAGCUCUACAGAAUUUUGCUAUUGACUACAGUGAGGCUGAGCACGACUUGGGGGCAUUUAGUUUCACAAAGGGCACAUUGUGAAGCCACUGCCUCUGGGCUUCAGGAGAGAUUCUGACCUGGCAGUGUUUCGACCCAGCUGUAAUUUUCAGGCUGUACGUGUUCAGUUUAUCACAGAAUCUUAGAUAUGUUAGUUGCAAAGUCCAUCCUUGUGCUCAGAGUUGGGAUUUUACUGACACUGGAGCAGUUCAGUCAUGGAUUUAUGGUUGUGACAACCUCCAACAGCAGGCAUUCAGCUGCUUCUCUGGGUAAUCUGUUACAGCAGUGUACAACUCUCCUGGUGAAAUAUUUUUUUUAAUGUCCAGUCUGAGCCUUGAAGCAGCAUUUUUUUGGCCGUUGCCCCUUGUUACAUUGUCUGACAUUAUUGAGAAAAUUUCAGCUCCAUUAUCUUUGUAACUCUCUUCAAGUAAUCACAGGCUGCAGUUAGACCACACUUAGACUCCUCUGUGCCAGACUGAACAGGUCCAGCUUCUUCCACUCUCCCUGUAGGUCAUGUUCUCUGGGUAACCAGCUUGGUAGCUCACCAGUGGAGCAAUUCCAGUUUCUCCACAUCCCUUUUGUACUGGUUGUGCCAAAACUGGACUGUACUCCAAAUAUGGCCUCACCAGUGCUGAGCAGAGGAGAACAAAGUACUCCCUCCAUCUGAUGACCACUCUGAGUCAGUCAGUAUUGCUCAGUAUGCGUUUUGUCUUAUUUGUGAUGAGAAUGCACUGUUGGCUCUUACUCAGUUGGGCAUCCACUGUAAACCCGGUUUCAGCAGGACUGCUGCUCUGCCAGUCAGCUCCUAGCCACUACUGGUGCUUGGGGUUAUUCUUCCUCAGGUGCAGAAACUUGCAUUUCUCCUUAGAUUAUGGUUCUUCUGGAUUGAAGCCAGGCCAUUCGGUGUGUCAGCCAUUCCCCCAAUUUCGCAUCAUUGGCAGAAUUUCUGAUGAUGUAUUAUUGAUUCUGAAUGAUAUCAGCCUUGGUACCAAUCCAUGGCGAUCAAUGUGGGAUGGCAUCUCCGCAAAGACAUUUCUUCUGAAGUUCCACACAGCCAGAUCAUGAAGGCUCAUCUAUUUAAUCCUUAAAUAGGCAUCUAAGAAAGACCGGGUGAAUCACUGUAUGAAUGGGCCUUUUUUCUUUUGUUGACAGUAACAGUAGCCUAAAGUGCUAAACUCAGAUUUAGAUGUCUUAAAUUAGAUCAGAUGAAUCCUACCUACAGCUACUAAAGCUCCAAAUGUGGAAGUAUCAUAAAUCAAGAAGGAUUUUUUUAAGGUAUGUUUGCUCCCAUGUCCUUGGUUCCCUGUCUGUAUGAGUGUUAGUUCAUUCCUCUGUUCUCCUCUGGAGUGAUCAGGUACCCAGCAAAGUCCUGGGACAGUUUCCUCCUGGGAUCGAUUACUCAGUAUGGAUGAAUCCACACGAGCUUUGGCUUGCUUAGCCCUUCACAGUGCCCUGAUACUAUCCCCAUAGGCCUUGCCUAAUUCUGCUGAGCAUCCUCAGACUCGUGCUAAAAACCACCCUGCUGACAGGCCUGCCUGUUAUUUUGGGCACUUUGAACUGAAGAACUGCUGCAAUGAAUACUCAACACCUUUGUCUUUGGGCCAUGAAAGAGCUCUGUGGAGUGAGAGGAAGCCCAGGCCAAGUGCUGUGCAAUGCAGUUGCUGCAGUUCUGCUUCAGAAUGACCCGAGCAUGAGAGCCAUUUCACAAAAGACAAUGCUGGUAGUGUCAGCCUUGUCAUGUCCCCCUGUUACGAGAAGUGGUCUCAUGGUUCGGUCAAUCUGCCUCCCGCGCACUAGCAACGGGCUAUAGGCUGUCAGUGCACUGCUGGUAUCAAGGCGUUGAAUGACACUUUGCUUCCUGAGUAGCAGAAUUAAAUUCUGUUAUUCCUUAUACUGGAGGCAAAACUUGGAUAGUAUGGAGCAAAAAUCAGACUCUUUUUCUAUCUCGCCUACACAUUUUCAUUCAAACCAGCGAUAUAAAUACUCAUAUCAUUUAUACAUAUACAGCUCCAUAGAACAAUUCUAUUUUCCAUCUACAAUGCAUACUUAGGAUAGAGAAAGCAAUUUCCAGUUCUGCUGACAUUUUUAAUUUGAGAAGUGGAAAUUUAAACUUGAAUUCACCAUUAAAAAUAGCUUGUUUGUAUAGGAAUGUGGAAAUUGUGCCUAACUGGGAACAGUUGUUUUAAAAAUAUAAACUUGUAUUGUUACCACUAGGAAAGAUGGAUAAGUUUAUAUAAACUCACAUAGUUUAUAUAGGUUAGGAACUUUUAUGAGCAGUUAAGAGAUAGAAGGGUUAAAUCUGGAGUCCAAUAACCUUCAUCAUGUCCUUUUUAAUGCAGUAAGAUGCUGCACGUAGACUCUGUUCCCACAUGCUGCUCUAAAACCAUUAGGAAAGAGUAAAUUGUUUUUAAAAAUAUUUAUAUUUAAUGGCUAUCUUGCAACUACUCAGCAAAUCUCUACUGGCUCUGUUGUUCCAGGCUUUUAGAAAUAAGUACAUUAUCUGAUUUUUGCAGAAUAGUGCUCCUUCCAACUAACUGCAGUAAUAAAAUGUUUUCACUGGCCAUGUUAAAACAUGAGUGAUAGCUUGGAUGAGCACAUUAUUUCAGAUAUUUAGAAAUCCUCCUUCUGCAAUUGAUUGUCAACUACACAAGACAGGUCUUGUCAUUAUUAAUAACUCCUGCUUAAAAUUUCUGAAGAAAAUAAAAUCUGCAUUUUUAAAGAA